AUGAAUUGUUUUUCGCUUCCUUGUUGUACUGGGUCAUUUUUGACGCCAAGUAGGUUACAAAUUAGGUAUUUUAGGGUUUAUAGAGGUUUACGCACCAGUUCAUUUGUUUUACCUUCAAUGAAGUUUAAUCAAUGUUAUAAUUUUCAACAUGAAUUUGUAUGGAACAAGAAAUUAGAGUGUUUUGGUAGAAAAAAUAGAAUUCCGGUGUCGAGAUUUCGCCAUUGUUGUUGCAAGUCUCAACAGAAUGAUGUUCAUAAUAAAAUUGAGCCACUUGUUAGUAGAAGUAGGGGUGAUAGGAAGAGUGGUUAUAGUAAAGAGGAAAGUAAGAGGUUGAAGAAGAGAUUUUCGUUGAGAUUGCGGCCGAGGUUACGGUUAUUGGUUAUGAGAAUGAGAAGGGCUUCUGUUGAAUCUGUUUUGAAUGAGGUUGGAAUGUUUGUUAGGAAGAAUGUUAAACCAGUGGCGUUUUAUACCUCGUUUUCGAUUGUUUUCACACUUUGUUUCCUGUUUUUGAAUUUUACUUCAAUUCCUCCGGCUAAAAUUGUUCCAUAUUCGGACUUGAUUGCAAGUCUUCAGAAUGGAAGAGUUGAGAAAGUUUUAGUUGAAGAGGGGUCUCGACGUAUAUAUUACAAUAUGAUGUCCGACGUUGAGGUUGUUGAAGAUGAUAAGGUUGCUGGUGAAGAAUCACAACAAGCAGUAGAUGUUACAAUGGAUAAGGAUAUAAACGAGGUUGUGAGCGAGGAUGCUUCGAGUUCUAGUCAGAUUUCAAGGUUGAAUAAAUUGAAGAAGUUCUCGAAGAGACAGGGUUCCAUUCCCGAGUGGCAGUAUUCCACGAGAAAAAUCGAUCACGAUGAAAAGUUUCUUAUGAGUUUGAUGAGAGAAAAGAGGGUUACAUUUAGCUCUGCGCCUCAAUCUGUGUUAAUGUCAAUGAGGAGUACUCUGAUAACUGUGAUUACACUGUGGAUACCGUUAAUUCCAUUGAUGUGGAUUCUGUAUCGUCAACUUUCUGCUGCUAAUAGUCCAGCGAAGAAGCGGAAGCCGAAUAGUCAGACAGUUGGAUUCGAAGAUGUCCAAGGUGUUGAUUCUGCAAAAGUAGAACUCAUGGAGGUAGUCUCAUGUCUGCAAGGCGAUAUAAAUUACCUAAAGGUAGGUGCAAAGCUACCUAGAGGAGUGUUGCUUGUCGGUCCUCCAGGUACUGGGAAGACAUUACUUGCACGUGCAGUAGCGGGGGAAGCAGGUGUACCCUUUUUCACAGUAUCUGCCAGCGAGUUUGUAGAAAUGUUUGUUGGAAGAGGGGCUGCUAGAAUCAGAGACCUUUUUAGCACAGCAAGGAAAUUCGCACCGUCGAUCAUAUUCAUCGAUGAACUUGAUGCAGUCGGAGGCAAGCGUGGAAGAAGCUUCAACGAUGAACGUGACCAAACACUAAACCAGUUGCUGACAGAAAUGGAUGGAUUUGAAUCAGAGAUGAGAGUGGUUGUCAUUGCAGCAACUAACCGACCGGAAGCCUUGGAUCCGGCCCUAUGUCGCCCCGGUCGUUUCUCAAGGAAAGUAUUUGUAGGGGAACCUGAUGAAGAAGGAAGGAGAAAGAUAUUAGCUGUGCAUCUAAAAGGAGUUCCUUUAGACGAGGAUGCUAACAUCAUAUGCCAGUUGAUUGCUACUCUUACUGCUGGUCUUGUAGGUGCUGAUCUUGCAAACAUUGUCAACGAAUCGGCUUUGCUUGCUGCUCGAAGAGGUAGUGAAACUGUGGCAAGAGAAGAUAUAAUGGAAGCAAUAGAAAGAGCAAAGUUUGGAAUCAAUGAUAAGCAACUAAGGGCUAGUAAAAUAAGCAAGGAGCUAGGUAAGUUAUUCCCUUGGAUGCCAUCAUUGAUGGGAAGAAGUGAUAGGAAGCAAGAUGACAUACAAGGUCCACUAGGUUAUCAAUCAUUGAGUUCAUGA